UUCUUCGAAGUACUGUACAUAUGACUCGGGGCAGUCAGUUCCCAAGGAACGUGGGUGGAGCUACUGCCGGCCGGCGCGCCGUGGAGACGCCUCUCGGCUCCUCGGCGCUCGCUCCCCACCCGGCGUCUCCAAGCAGCUUGAGCAUGGCAAGCCGCGCCGCGGGCCUGAGUUUCCGAGGGCUGCUCGGCUCCCGCUGCCCCGCGUUGCGGGGGUGGCAGCCGCCGCCGAGUCCCUUCCCCGGCCGCUUCAGCAGCAGCGGCGGGCCUGGCCUCGGAGGCGUGGACGAGGCCCUGCUGCGGUCCGACGGUUUCGUGGGAGGCCGCUGGGUGCAGGCGAGAGCCACGUUCCCCGUGCGAAAUCCGGCCACGGGCGCGGAGGUGGCGCAGGUGGCGGACUGCGGAGUCGCGGAGGCUCGGGCCGCCGUGAGGGUCGCCUACGACGCCGGGCCCGCCUGGCGAGGAGUCCCCGCGAAGGAAAGAGCUGCUUUACUUCGUAAAUGGUAUGAUUUGAUGAUAGAGAAUAAAAAUGACCUUGCAAGGAUCAUUACAGCUGAGAAUGGGAAACCACUAAAAGAAGCACAAGGAGAAAUUCUGUAUUCUGCUUCCUUCUUGGAAUGGUUUGCUGAGGAAGCUCGGCGUGUUUAUGGUGAUAUCAUUCCAUCUUCUACAAAAGACAAAAGAAUCUUGGUUCUCAAGCAGCCUGUGGGAGUUGCUUCUAUCAUUACUCCUUGGAAUUUUCCAAGUGCUAUGAUUACACGCAAAGUGGGUGCUGCUUUGGCAGCUGGCUGUACCGUGGUGGUGAAGCCAGCAGAAGACACACCUUUAUCUGCAUUAGCACUCGCUGAGCUUGCAAAUCGAGCUGGAAUUCCUGCAGGAGUAUAUAAUGUUGUUCCAUGUUCAAGACAACAGGCAGUACCUAUCGGGGAAGUGAUGUGUACUGAUCCCUUGGUCUCCAAAAUCUCUUUUACUGGCUCAACAGCCACAGGAAAGGUCCUGUUGCACCAUGCUGCUGGCACUGUGAAGAGAGUUUCCAUGGAGCUUGGAGGACAUGCUCCAUUCAUAGUGUUUGAUGGUGCCAACGUAGACAAAGCAGUUGCAGGAGCUUUAAUGUCUAAAUACAGAAACUCUGGCCAGACCUGUGUAUGUACAAACCGCUUCUUGGUGCAAAAAGGGAUCCAUGAUGCCUUUGUAGAAAAAUUUGCACAAGCUAUUAAGAGAGAGCUACAUGUCGGUAAUGGACUUGAUGAAGCAACUACUCAGGGACCACUAAUCAAUGAAAAAGCUGUGGAAAAAGUUGAAAGGCACAUUCAGGAUGCCGUCUCACAAGGCGCGUCCAUAGUGACAGGAGGGAAAAGGCACAGCUACGGGAAGAAUUUCUUUGAGCCAACUCUACUCAGCAAUGUCACCACGGGCAUGUUGUGUGCCCAAGAGGAAACUUUUGGUCCGUUGGCCCCAGUGAUCAAGUUUGAUACAGAGGAAGAAGCUCUUGCCAUAGCAAAUUCAGCUAAUGUGGGUUUAGCAGGUUAUUUUUACUCUCAAGACCCUGCACAGAUCUGGAGAGUUGCAGAGAAACUGGAGGUUGGAAUGGUUGGCAUUAAUGAAGGAAUUUUGUCUGCUGUUGAGGGCCCUUUUGGUGGUGUGAAACAAUCUGGGCUAGGAAGAGAAGGUUCCAAAUAUGGUAUUGAUGAGUACUUGGAAGUAAAAUAUGUCUGUUUUGGGGGGUUAUAAUAACAAAGAGC